CUCCCGAAAACAUCAAUUGAUAUAAAAGGAAUGGAUUUCAAUGCAUACUCGUAUGGCAAAUCGAGGAUACAAAAGCUUCCAUAUUUGGCCAGUACGCCAUUGUUUCUGAUUCGAUUUGUUCCAUCGUCCCAUAAUCUUUCUAUGAUUCGGAAAUCAAACGUUGCCUAUGCUUUCAACUAUACAAAAGGAUAUCGUUUGAAUAGUAAAUCUCUUCAUGAAGACUUGGUCAAAUACAAUGGUAUUUAUAGGAAGAGAGACAUUUUCCGAACAGUUUUAUAUCCGUUUGAACGAGCUUUCACCAGAUCCAGGACCAGAGCAUUUGCCAAAAGAUGUUUGUAUCGGGCAAUUUGUGAUCAUGUUGAUUCAAAACACGCUUUUAGAGUAUCAGGAAUCUUCUAUUUUGCAUUCAAGGAACCUCUAGUUGGAAAAUCUAAAAGAACAUUUCUAAAGGAUCAUAUAAAUAUUGCUGUUAAGAAAUUGAUUCUGGACUCUAAGUUUCAAGCAUCGCUUUCACAAAUGGUUCAAUUUCAAAAUAAAGCC